AAAUCACAUUACAAAAUUACAAUGGUGCUGUCUAUGGAUCGGUGGAUGGGCAAAGUUGCCGUAGUCACCGGUGCUAGUUCCGGUAUUGGAGCUGCUAUUGCAGAGACGUUGGUGGAACAAGGGCUUAAGGUUGCCGCCUUAGCUCGAAGACUAGAUCGAAUGGAGGCUUUGGCCCAGAAACUUACCAAUCAGAAAGGCAAGCUUUACCCCAUCAAAACAGACUUAAGCAAAGAAGAAGACAUACUUAACGCUUUCAAAUGGAUCAAGGAAAACCUUGGUCCAAUCCACAUUCUUAUCAACAACGCUGCAGUCUGCGAAAGCGCAACACUUGUAGACGGAGACACCGAAAUGUGGAGAAAUGUCCUCGAAGUUAACAUUCUCGCCAUAUGUAUAGCGACGAGAGAAGCCGUCAGAGAUAUGAGGGCGAACAACGUAGACGGUCACAUAAUCCACAUCAAUAGUAUCGGAGGACAUCAGGUGCCCAAUUUUCCAAAAGUAAACAUUUACCCUGCCACUAAGUUCUCAGUACGAGCCCUGGCAGAAACUCUGAGACUGGAGUUUAUUAGUUUAAAGUUGAAGAUAAAAAUUACGAAUCUCAGUACUGGUUUUGUGGAUACAGAAAUGAUACCGGAAACCAUCAAAAUAAAGCUAAAACAGUGCUUUGAGGAAAAGCAAAUAAUAGAAUCUGAAAAUAUUGCAGAUGCAGUCAUUUAUGUGUUGUCGACACCACCUCAUGUGCAGAUUCAAGAGCUUACUGUGAGGUCAGUGGACGAGUCAUUCUUUAAAUUGAUAUGUUAUUAAAAUAUGAAAAUUGUUUUAAUAAGUUAAAUUCUUAACGAAAAAAUAUUAAGAUACUUAUUUACAUG